AUGCCGAUCCCAUCCAUCCACAGAUCCCAAGUACCAGCUAUUGGUACCGGUGAAUACGGAGGUAAUAAUACAGAAGAUUUCAUCAAUCAGUUGUGCAACACUAACAUCGUACAAGGCAAACAGCAGCCAGAAGAUCAGCCCGUGGCAUAUCCAUUCGUGCAUGAGGUUCCAUUCGUAUCCGUACUAGCAACAGCGGUAAACGCACGUCAGGCAGCCAUUAUGGGCAACGUUUACAACCCAGCUUAUGUAACAAACAACUUAUUCCCGCAUGCCAUCCCGCUGACGCCCUGGAAGCAGUUCCUCAACACACUUGUACACAUACUUCAACCCAUCUAUUUUAAUUCAUGGUUGUACUUACCCAUGGUGCAAAAAGAGAUCUCUGCACAGUUCCCGGAGCUGCCGCCGCUGUUAGACCUGGAGAGGAACAUGAGUCUGGCGCUGAUCAACACCCACUUUAGCAUUGGUAUGCCACUCCCUCUCCUGCCGUCACAGGUGGAGGUGGGCGGCAUGCACUGUCGACCCGCCAGUCCUCUGCCUCAGAAUCUGGAGUCAUGGAUCACAGGGGCGGGGUCCGCUGGCGUCAUCUACUUCAGUUUGGGCUCCAUAACGCAAGGCACCGACAUGCCAGUCCAGUACCGCGACCUCUUCGUCCAGGUCUUCCGCAGGCUGCCGCAGCGCGUCAUCUGGAAAUACGAAGGUGUGAUAGAGAACGUUCCUGACAAUGUGAUGAUCACCAAGUGGCUUCCCCAGCAGGAUAUUCUUGCCCACGACAACGUCAAGGUGUUCAUCACGCACUGUGGUCUCUUGGGUCUGCAGGAGGCCGUCUACCAUGCGACUCCCCUCCUCGCCCUCCCUGUGUUCGGAGACCAGCCCAGGAAUGCUCUCAUAGUGAGGGAGUCUCGUCUGGGGCGCUCUCUGGUGUGGGAGGAGAUCACUGUUGACAUCAUUGUCGACGCUCUCAUCGAUAUCAUCAACGACCCCAAGUAUAAAGAAAACGUGAUGAGGAUGUCAGAAGGGAUGAGGGACCGGCCGACGUCGCCCAGGGAGCUGGCAGUGUUCUGGACGGAGUACGUCAUCCGCCACCGUGGGGCGCCCCAGCUGAGGUCCCCGGCGGCACAGCUCUCCUGGGUGGAGUUCCUCAUGCUCGACGUCCUGUUCCUCCUCCUCCUGGCUCUCUUCCUCCUCCUCUUCAUCCUACGUCGCUUCUUCAGGGGCAUCGCUGCUAAACUGUUUUGUAGUGACGGUAACAAGAAGAAAAAUAGUUACCUACGAUGA